AUGGCCAUCCCCAAGCCAUUGGCACACGCGCCUAUCGUCAAACAUGAGCCUCCCCAGCACAAGCGAGGCCGUAGUCUGGUGUUCCUGGCCCACCACGGUGGCAUUGACCUGACCCAGGCUCCAACGACAACCCGGCAUGCUAAGCACAAGCACCAUAAACACAAACACUGCCAUCACUCCGACCACAAACACCACCGGCAUCGCACGUCGGUGUCGGCCACGCCUGUGUACGACCAGUGCCUCGAGGAAGCGAUGAAGCUCAAAACGCGCAUUCUCGUCGAGCACCGGGAGCGUCCCACGCGGUUCAGGUUGAGCGUCAUGAAGCGCGUUGUCAUUCCGCCCGUCAACAUUCCGAAGAAGCUCGCGGUGCGACGAGGAAGCAAAGACCUCGUAUCUGGCAAGCGCGUGCCGUUCACAAAGGCCAUGUGGGAGACCCAGAAGCGGACAUACAGCAAGACGCACGGCCUACCCGUCAUCCACGAGCGAUAG